AUCCAUCCCCAGCAGCCAGGCGGCAGGAGCGCAGCAGAAGAGGAGCCCUUCGCCUCCCGCGGUAGAGGAAGUCACUUCUGACAACCAUGACCAAAGACGACUCCGUGGAGCCCCCUCCCGAAGAGGAACAUCAGCCCCUGGAAUUCCAGAGCCCUGUCCUGGAGAGGAGGAAGAAACCCAUCGUCCACCCCUCUGCCCCGGCUCCACUCCCCAAAGAUUAUGCUUUCACUUUUUUCGACCCCAACGACCCGGCGUGUCAAGAAAUCCUCUAUGACCCCAUCACCACGGUCCCAGAGUUAUUUGCCAUCAUCCGCCAGUGGGUCCCGCAGGUGCAACACAAGAUCGAUAUCAUUGGCACCGAGAUCCUGAAGCGCGGCUGCCAUGUCAAUGACCGGGACGGGCUGACGGAUAUGACGCUACUUCAUUAUGCCUGCAAAGCUGGAGCCCACGGUGUCGGUGACCCUGCCGCUGCUGUGCGUCUCUCUAACCAGCUGCUGGCCUUGGAUGCAGAUGUGACCCUUCGCAGUCGCUGGACCAACAUGAACGCCCUGCAUUACGCGGCCUACUUCGACGUCCCGGAACUCAUCCGUAUUCUCCUGAAGGCCUCCAAGCCUAAAGUUCUCAACUCGACGUGUAGCGAUUUCAACCACGGCACGGCCCUGCACAUCGCGGCUUCGAACCUGUGCCUGGGGGCCGUGAAGUGUCUCCUGGAACACGGAGCCAACCCUGCCGUCAGGAACAGCAAAGGCCAGGCGCCAGCUGACGUCGUGCCCGACCCGAUGGACAUGACCCUGGAUAAGGCGGAGGCCGCCAUGAUCGCCAAGGAACUGAAGCAGCUGUUGCUGGACGCCGUGCCGUUGAGCUGCAACCUGCCCAAGGUCACCCUGCCCAACUACGACAACAUCCCCGGCAACCUCAUGCUCAUCUCCCUGGGCCUCAAGCUGGGCGACCGGGUCCUUGUGGACGGGCAGAAGGUGGGCACCUUGCGCUUUUGUGGCACGACUGAGUUCGCCAGCGGCCAGUGGGUGGGCGUGGAGCUGGACGAGCCUGAAGGCAAGAACGACGGCAGCGUGGGAGGAAUCCGUUACUUCAUUUGCCCUCCCAAGCACGGAGUGUUUGCUUCGGUGUCCAAGAUCGCCAAAGCCGCCGACCAGACGCCUUCGUCCGUGACCUCCACCCCGCGGACCCCCCGCAUGGACUUCUCCCGCAUGACCGCAAAGGGCCGGAAGGACAAGGACAAAGACAAGAAAGCUCUCAGGAAGAAGUCCUUGUCUGUUGGCAGCCUGGACCGCGAAGGACUGAAGAUUGAGAUUGGGGAUCAGGUUCUGGUGGCGGGACAGAAACAGGGGGUCAUCCGUUUCUACGGCAAGACGGAUUUUGCACCAGGCUACUGGUUUGGUAUUGAACUUGACAAGCCCACAGGCAAACACGAUGGCUCUGUUUUCGGAGUUCGAUAUUUCACAUGCGCCCCUAAGCAUGGAGUCUUUGCUCCUCCUUCCAGAGUCCAGAGAAUUGGAGGCCCGAAGGAUUCCCAGGGAGACGGCAAUUCAGCGAAGAAGGUCCACCAAGUCACUAUUUCACAGCCAAAGCGCAACUUCACAGCAGUCAGAACCCCGAAAGACAUCACAUCCGAAAGUUCCAUCUCUAGGUUACUUUUCUGUUGCUGGUUUCCAUGGAUGCUCCGUGCGGAAAUGCAGUCUUAAAACUCGCGUUCCCUCAUUACUCCGCUGUUUCUUCGCUCUCCAAGUAAUCAAAGACUGCUCUUCAGUUCUUUUCUCAUCUCUCCUUCCCUGGUUGCCGUUCUAGUGAACCCCAGUGCCUUGUUAAAACAUAUAAACACCAUCCCUCUGGUAGUUUGUGAGAAAUGCUAUCUUAUUCCUUCUGUCCCCCUUUUCCUGGCAUCCAUUACCCCUGGGAUUUUGGCUAUAUAGGUCUCUUCUGGCACCUCUUCUUUUUCCAGCAGAUUAAUUGGCAACUAAAAUUCAUACGAUUUAUCAAGUCUGAUUUUUAAAAUCAGGUGACAGCUAUGGUUUGGAGACAGGUCUCUGAUCUUUUCCUCCAGUGUGUAUAGAAAACUACGCCUUCUGGAAAACCACACGAGCAAAUCACAGACCCUUGGUAGAAGCCAAAUCCUGUUGCU